GAGAGAAGUGAAAGUAUUAAAGGGGGUGCCACUGAUUUGCAUGGGUUUUCACGCAAGCGACAGGGUCAAGCGAUCUCCCUAGUUGUAGGCUUUUCUGAAGUGUAGGUGGUUAUUUUUGUUUUAGUGUUCUCGCUACUUUUCACUGCGGAAGGUGGACAAUUGAUGUGGGGUGAAGUUUGGUGGAGGAGGGGAGAGGGGAGAGGAUUCGCUUCUCGUGUUGGGACUCGGUUUAAGUGAGCAAUGACGGGGUCCCUGGAUUACCUGGUGGUGUUAUUCGGGGCGACUGCUGGGACGCGUGGGACGGAGCUGGGGUUGGAUGAGAAGGAGCUGGUACUUUUGUUGUGGCAAGUGGUGGAUCUGGUCAACGAAAAGGCUGGAGAAGUACACAGAGUCUUGGUGAAGCCCAAUAACUUGGAAUUGACGGAGCAGUGCGUUGAACACACUGGUAUCACUCCAGAAAACCUGACAACAGCUAAACCUUUGGAUCAAGUCCUUCAACAGCUUGAUCGAUCUGUGAGCAAUGAAUUGAAUAUUGGAUUGGGGACUUCGUUCUGUCUAUGUACUGAUGGUCAACUACACAUCCGCCAGGUCUUCCACCCUGAGGCCUCUCGCAAGAAUGUUUCGUUGCCAGAAUGCUUCUAUUCUUUCUUUGAUCUACAAAAAGAAUUUAAGAAAUGCUGCCCGGAUGCUCCCGACCUCCACGAAAUCGAUCUCAAGGUCAUGUUGGACCACCUAAAUCUUGAAGAUAAUACUGCCACCUACAAAUUUGGUGUUUCUGAUAUUAUGACUGCAACCAAUAUUAUACUGGCCAUCAUUUCUAAACCACGCAACCACAGGUUUAUAGACCCCGAACGAGUGAAUUACAAAUUUGAAACGGGGACUUGCAGCAAGAUGGAGAUAAUUGAUGAUAAUACUGUUGUCAGAGCCAGAGGAUUACCUUGGCAGUCAUCUGACGAAGACAUCGCUCGAUUCUUCAGAGGUCUCAACAUAGCUAAGGGUGGUGCAGCACUCUGCCUAAAUUCACAGGGAAGACGGAACGGAGAAGCACUCGUGAGAUUCGUCAAUACUGAACACAGGGACCUGGCACUGCAGAGACACAAGCAUCACAUGGGCAACCGAUAUAUUGAGGUAUACAAGGCAACCGGGGAAGAUUUUUUAAAGAUCGCUGGAGGUACCUCCAAUGAAGUUGCCCAGUUCCUGUCAAAAGAAAACCAAGUUAUCAUUCGAAUGCGUGGUCUCCCGUUCGUCGCCACCGCUGAGGAGGUUGUGAUGUUUUUUGGAUCAAGUUGUCCUCUGACGGGCGGAAAGGAAGGGAUACUUUUUGUCAAAUACCCCGACGGGAGGCCGACAGGCGAUGCUUUUGUACUGUUUGCCUGUGAGGAAUAUGCGCAAAACGCACUCAAGAAGCACAAGGACUUGUUGGGGAAACGUUACAUUGAGCUCUUCAGAAGCACGGCAGCUGAAGUACAGCAGGUUCUUAACAGGUAUACGUCAACACCCCUCAUCCCCAUUGCUCCUGCUCCUAUCAUUCCCGUGCUCCCUCAGCCGUUUGUACAUUCCACUAGUAUGCGUGACUGCAUCCGUUUACGAGGCCUGCCAUACGCUGCCACGAUUGAGGACAUUCUGGAGUUCCUGGGUGACUUUACGUAUGAUAUCCGACCUCACGGAGUGCACAUGGUGUUAAAUCUACAGGGCCGUCCUUCAGGAGACGCCUUUAUCCAGAUGAAAUCGUCAGAUCGAGCCUUCAUGGCUGCUCAGAGGUGUCACAAGAGAACAAUGAAGGACCGAUACGUUGAAGUAUUCCAGUGUUCAGCUGACGAAAUGAACUUUGUGUUAAUGGGUGGCAUUUUAAAUCGAAAUGGCUUGUCCCCACCGCCAUGUAAGUUACCAUGCUUGUCACCAUCAACAUACGCUGCGUAUCCAACGCAGGCCGCUGUUAUCGCAGCUGAGGCCGCAACGCUGUAUCAACAGCCGGUGUUCAUCAGUCCGCGACCUCUCCAGCCCUCCACUGCCUUCUACCCAGCCGCUGCCCAGUUCUACAUGAACUACUCAGCCUACUAUCCAAGUCCUCCCGGCUCCCCGACCAACCUAGGUUAUUUACCAGCAACUGCUGCCACCACCACUAUCCCCACCCACUCUGGCACCAUCGUCAGGAUGCAAGGACUAGCUCACAACACGGGAGGCAAGGAAAUCCUUAAUUUCUUCCAGGGAUAUCAGAUUUCUCCCGAGUCGGUGCUGAUGACAUCCAACUUGUACGGACCAUCCGGCAGUAACGCUCUGCUCACGUUCCCAUCGCUGGAGGUUGCCAAGCAAGCUCUGUUGGACAAGAAUCGGCAGCACAUUGGCAGUCGCUACGUGGACCUUUACCUGUCGUGAGAUAUGGUGCGUGUCGUCUGUACGGUAACCAGGCAAAUUGUAUGUCCAUAUAAGAUCACGAGUGAUAGGAGCAAAAUUAGACCAUUCGGCCCAUCAAGUCUACUCCGCCAUUCAAUCAUGGCUGAUCUAUCUCUCCCAUUCUCCCGCCCUCUCUCCAUAACCUCUGACACCCAUACUAAUCAAGAAUCUAUCUAUCUCUGCCUUAAAUAUAUCCACUGACUAGGCCUCCACAGCCUUCUGUGACAAAGGAUUCCACAAAUUCACCACCCUCUGACUAAAGACAUUUCUCCUCAUCUCCUACCCUAAAAGGACGUCCUUUAAUUCUGAGUCUGUGACCUCUAGUCCUAGACCAGGGGUGGGGAACCUUUCCAUGGUGGAAUGCUGCAUUAAGUUGGCUGUAAUCUAAUAAGGCCGCAUCCAAGAAACUUCAAUUAGAUAUACUUCAAAAUGUACAUUAUUUUGUUAAAAUAGCCCUCAUGGCUUACUAAUGUUUUAAUUGUGGCCGUCAGUCGGGGAGGAUUAUUUUGUUGAAUCUUCUUUUACUCUUUGGUAUUUUAAAAUACGUUCAUUUUAAGAUUAAAAUAAAAAUACUAAAAGAUGAACAAAAACAUAUUAAUAAGAAUAAAAAGAUUUGUUCUACAAAAUUUGGAUUCAUUCAAAAGGCCGCACUAAUGCCCUGUCCCACUUAGGAAACCUGAACGGAAACCUCUGGAGAUUUUGUGCCCCACCCAAGGUUUCCGUGCGGUUCCCGGAGGUUUUUGUCAGUCUCCCUGCCUGCUUCCACUACCUGCAACCUCCGGCAGCCACCUGCAACCUCUGGGAACCGCACGGAAACCUUGGGUGGGGCGAAAAGUCUCCAAAGGUUUCCGUUCAGGUUUCCUAAGGGGCAUUAAUGGCCUAGAAGGCCGUAGGUUCCCUACCCCUGUCCUAGACUCUCCCACUAGUGGAAACAUCCUCUCCACAUCCACUAUAUCCAAGCCUUUCACUAUUCUGUAUGUUUCAAUGAGGUGUCCCCCCCCCCACCCCCACCCCCUUAUUCUUCUAAACUCCAGCAAGUUCUGGCCUGGUGCCGACAAACAUUUGUCAUAAGUUGAUGGAACAAAUAGUGAUAUCUGUUAUCAAAUGUAAGAUGGGAAUUGAAGAAGGGCUGGAUGUUGAAUGAAUGUAUACGUUAUCACCAAAUAUCAAAAUUAUCGUUGUUUGCAAUGUUGAAGCUUUUUAUGCAGUUUGACACUUAUGUAUAGGAAAUUCAAUAUCAUCCUUAAUAUUAAGAAAUAAUGUGUAUAUAUAACAUUUAUCUCUGUUAAUCAAUAUACAACUUGACUUGCCCCUUGUAGACACAAAGAACCACAGAUGCUGGUUUACAAAAAAAAGGCACAAAGUGCUGGAGUAACUCAGCGGGCCAGGUAGCAUCUCAGAAGAAUAUGGAUAGGUGACGUUUCUGGUCAGGACCCUUCUUUAGAGUCUGAACUAUAUUCUCCGGAGAUGCUGCCUGACCUGCUGAGUUACUCCAGCACUUUUUUGACAAGCCACCUUCAUGCCAUUUAUUAGUUUAAUGCCUCUUCCUUCUAAAUUCGCAAUGUAAUAAAUGUAUAUGGAUUUAAAAAAUCUUUAUUUCAGCACAUCCUUAAUAUUGUGAUACACAUCUUUACAGGGAUCUUAAGAGUCCUUUAUCACUGGAACCUGCGGGUGCAGAAUAACUAGUGCACCUAUAGCAAAGAAUUUCCUUGCUUGAGGUACUUCUGUGCAAUUAGACAUAGAAUGGACAAUAGACAAUAGACAAUAGGUGCAGGAGUAGGCCAUUUGACCCUUCGAGCCAGCACCGCCAUUCAAUGUGAUGAUGGCUGAUCAUCCCUAACCAGUACCCCGUUCCUGUCUUCUCCCCAUAUCCCCUGACUCCGCUAUUUUUAAGAGCCCUAUCUAGCUCUCUCUUGAAAACAUCCAGAGAACCUGCCUCCACCGCCCUCUGAGGCAGUGAAUUCCACAGACUCACCACUCUCUGUGAGAAAAAGUGUUAUCUCGUCUCCGUUCUAAAUGGCUUACCCCUUAUUCUUAAACUGUGGCCCCUGGUUCUGGACUCCCCCAACAUUGGGAAUAUGUUUCCUGCCUCUAUUGUGUCCAAGCCCUUAACGAUCUUAUAUGUUUCACUGAGAUCUCCUCUCAUCCUUCUAAACUCCAGAGUGUACAAGCCCAGCUGCUCCAUUCUCUCAGCAUAUGACAGUCCCGCCAUUCCGGGAAUUAACCUUGUAAACCUACACUGUACUCCCUCAAUAGCAAGAAUGUCCUUCCUCAAAUUAGGGGACUAAAACUGCACACAAUACUCCAGGUGUGGUCUCACUAGGGUUCUGUACAACUGCAGAAGGACCUCUUUGCUCCUAUAUUCGAUUCCUCUUGUUAUAAAAUGAAAACAGGCCCUUCGGCCCAACUUGCCCGCACUGACCAAGAUGCCCCAUCUACACUCAUCCCAGCUGCCGAUGUUUGGCCCAUAUCCCUCUAAACAUUUCCUCUCCACGUACCUGCCCGAAUGUCUUCUUAAUUCUCUGCUAGUUGUUAUUGUUUCAGUAACACAUCUGAAUAGCAUUCAUUUCUGCCAGAUAUUCCUCUGAUAAAUAUAUGCACAAGGUCUCCAAGUAACUGAAGUCUCUUCUGUGCCAUUAUAUGCCAUCCUGUGCCUGAACGUGACACAACUUAACUGAUGCAUUAUAAGAAGGGUCAUAUGUAUAAAAAUCAUUACUGUUUCACGUUUAGUUUAGUCUAAUUGAGUUUAGAGAUACAGCUCGGAAACAGACCCUUCGGCCCACCGAGUCCGCACCGACCAGCGAUCCCUGCACACUAUCACCAUCAACACACUGGAGACAAUUUACAUUUAUACCAAGCCAAUUUACCUACAAACCUGUAGUCAGGAUUGAACCCGGGUCUCUGGCGCUGUGAGGCAGUAACUCUACAUGCACACAAACUGAUGGAUUUAAUCAAUUGCAUGUUCCAUAUCCUUUCAUGAUUAACAUUAUUGUAGUGGAUGAUCUGUAUAAAGCAGUCUCUUCUCCUUGAUAGAAUCCAAUCUCUUCACGAGGCACAUACCUGCCAUUUGACAGGGAACUAUUCCAUGUCUUUCUUUCCUUCAGUUUCCCCAAAUUGGAAGUUUAUUUAUUCUGCUAUUUAAAAGAUUUUAAUAUAAGACUAUCACCACUUAUUGCAAAUGCAGCUUUUGGCAUAAAAUAAAAAUCAUAUUGAAAUGAUUGUAUACAUGUGAAUUGUUUACACACUGUCAUACACACUGUCAGUUUUAUUCCAAUUAUGUGCCUUCGAAAAUAAUUUGUAUCAAGUAGCAAUGAUAUGGUUCUAAUAUGCCUUUUAUAUACUAGGACCAUUGAGAGCAAUAUUUUGUAUAUUAUUCUUUCGACUCUCAGAACUGAGCUUCAUCUUCAGGUCUGUUUAUAACGAGGAUGCAAGGUGGAAAAUGUUAGACACAUCAUUAGUUUAAUUGUUCUGCAAUUCAAAUGACACAAAUUUAUGCAUGUUUAGAUCAUAGAUUUCUAGUUUUUUGUUUCUCAAUUCCAUUAAAGGAUAUUGGUUAGUUAAAUAUUACCUGUUUGUUUAGUUUAUUUUUGAGGUACAGAGCGGAGACAGGCCCUUCGACCCACCGAGUCCGAUCCGACCAGCCAUCCCCCCCGUAAUUAACGCUAUCCUACACACACACACACACACACGCACGCACGCACGCACGCACACACACACACACACACACACACACACACACACACACACACACACACACACACACACACACACACACACACACACACACACACACACACACACACACACACACACACACACACACACACCUGGGACAAUUUUUAUAUUUAUACCAAGCCAAAUAACCUACAAACCUGUAUGUCUUUAGACUAUGGGUGGAAACCAAAGAUCUUGGGGAAAACCCACACAGGUCACGGGGAGAACGUGCAAACACCGUUCAGACAGCACCCUUAGCCAGGAUCGAACCCGGGUCUCUGGCAACUCUACCGCUGCACCACUGUGCAAUUGUAUUCUGCAAUGGUACAAUAGAACAUAGAUCAGUAAAGCACAGAAACAGGCCAUUCGCCACACAUUACCAGAAAUGCUUUAUAAAUCAGCAACUGUGAGCACUAAUGUGGAAUAAAGCUUUUUAUGCAGCGUAAUAUGUUCAGGAGGACAAUACCUGCAUGUACUUCAGAGUUAGGUCAUGUGAAGCUGUUAUCCAAAUGUUUAAAUGCAAGAAAUGUCAAUGGAAUGAUUUUUUAAAAAGGUAAUACAGUAUUCUCAAUUCUAUAUUUGUUAUAACAUUUCUAUAUUGUAUUGUUCAAUGCUAAAUAAAAUGAUGAUAAGGA